AUGGAAGCAGAUUACUCCGCCUACGGAGGGUCUGCCGCACGGCAGCCCUCUACUAUCUCUAGGGCGUCCUUGUGCAACCGGGGUGAACAGACCGCUCCCCCCGGCACAUGCCCUAUUUCUUUUGCGUUUCUGGACAAGGCCGCAGAGGUUUUCUCAUGGGGCCUGGAAGCUGUCAUGAGCUGCUGGGAACCCGCACUCUUCUCACCAUACGAGAAGGCUGUAGGCGGCGUCGAUGGUCCCAAGUCAACCGGUGUCGUCGACGAACACGAGAUCAAGGUUAACAUGGAGGACGUCGAACGCAAGACGGCUGUAGGUCCUGGCUCUCACCGUGCCACACACGGCCAGCGACCUCCAAACGAUUGCUCACUAGACAUGACAAACCGUGGCUCAGCUCUCUAUGUUUCCACAUGCGCGCGUGGCUACGCAAGGACUCAGGUGGACCAGGCGUUGCAUCAUGGCAUAUACGUCGUCGGCAAUGAAUGCGAUGACGAUACGCCCAGAUCGCAGAUGCAAUGUCACGAUGCCAAAUACUCGCGCCAGGAUCGCUACGAGGACCAUUACGACAGCAGCCCGUCUUCCUCAGUCGUCGAGGAAGACCUGUCGACGCAUGUGCCCCCAUCGCCGCUCUACGGCGAAUACGGCCUCGACGGUGACAGCGGUGACGAAAUGGCGAGUUCGCAGAUGCAAUGUCACGAUGCCAAAUACUCACGCCAGGAUCGCUACGAGGACCAUUACGACAGCAGCCCGUCUUCCUCAGUCGUCGAGGAAGAUCUGUCGACGCAUGUGCCCCCUUCCCCGCGUCAUCGCGGACCCGUUGUCGACAACGGCAGCGACGACGAAAGGGGGAGUCCACGGGUUGUCUGCGUCGUUGAGGGCGAGACAUCCUCUUCGUAUUCACGCCAACUCCUGGAAGAGGGCUUCGUACAGGUGGACGAGUGCUCGGUGUUGCUUCCACCCUUGCCACGACGCGGUUAUCUCCCUUCAAUUCCGGAGGAGUGCGAGGUCUGCCUUCCUUUUCCGGCAUCAGCCAGGACCGGUAGCUGCUCGGAUGACCAGAAUCUCUAUCAGAAAGAUCAAGGCGGAGUCGACGGCGUUGUGGCGGUCGAUGGUGUCAGCGAGGAUGAAGGAGGCGCUCCACCUGCAGGACUAGCGACGCCACAACAUGCAUCGCUGAGUUCCGCCCGCCUGCGAUGCAGUCACGUAGAUGCUUCGCCGGUAUCAUCCUCUGCAGUUGGCUCUGCACCAUCACAAACUGACCAGGGCUGGAUCGAUGGCGAACGAGUAUUGUAUGAAGUUAGCAACGACGACGACGAAGGAUGCAGUCCGCGGAAGGUGGCCCGUCCAGGCGAGGCGGGGCAUCACGGAGUUCCUCAAGAACGUGGAAUGAACGCAUGUGGUGGCGAUCUGCAGAGUUGCACGGCACUGCCUCUCGAUGCCGGUCACUCAGCUCCCGGGGACUGCCGACCCUCCGGGGCAGCGCGUGAGGCAGCAAGCCAUAGUUUCGCUACCUCUCAAGCGCAGCAACAGGCGAAGAGCGACGGCCUGGGGACUGGCACUGAAGACGCGGAGGACGUCGUCAGUUGCGAAGAGCACCGAGUUGUGCCGGCGACUUUAGCUCCAGGAAAAACCUUGGUGUUUUCGAUUUCUCGCCAGUACCCGGAUGGAGAUGGACCGGCGACUAGGACCUCGAGCAUCGACGUUCUGCUCCUCCCACCCGAUAGAGCUGGCGAACCUCUGGCACUUCCAGACGAGAACGUCGCGAGUCGCGCUUCUCGGCUGUCCACCGGAAACCAGUUCUGCACGGCAGACGAGACUCAAUCGACGGAUAUCGACUCCGACGACGGCGCCUAUCCCGACCAAGAGGAGCACGUCCGCAAUGCGACCAGCAAAGCGGCUCAACAGGAGGUAGCAACUUCCCGUCCGAGUGGAAAACUCAAUCCGACUCUUCCACUCGACAGGUUGGAGGAAGACGCCGAAGUUGCGGAGGAAUUCUCAGGCAUUUUCCCGGGCUUCCCUCGUGAGAGAGUGUUCCGGGGACUACCAAAGCAUGGCGAGGACGCAGCACCGGAUCCUUCCUCUGUGCCUGGAAACCAGUCCUACGGACAGAAUCAGCAGUCGACACACGGUUAUGAAACCAGCUCGGACAAAGAUCAUUCCACUCGUCAGAACCACAGUGAUGACAAGCCCAACGCCGGGCGACGCGACGACUCGUCUCCUUGGAUUCGAGUGAUUUUCAUCCAAGUUUCUCUGUUUCGUACUGUUUAUGAAUUUGGGACCCUCUCUUACUCGACUCGACAAGAGAACUUUCUUUUCAUACAGAUAUCGGACGCGGCCUGA